GAAACAUACUCACUUGAUAAAGACAAGAAUUUUUAUAGAAAAGUGAAGUGCUCAACUAUAUUCCAAAUGAAGUACAUCAAUCUACUCGUUAUAAGCCUAAGCGAAGGAGAAUGAGCAGGAGAGAAAAACGGAUUAGGAAAUCUCUGGAUUUUGGGAGUCAUCAAAUGCUCGAAUUAAGAGGCCCAGUUUCUUUAUUUAAGAAAAUCAUUUUACCUUCAAGUCAUUCGGGGACUGGUGUAAACAGGAUUCGUAAGAAGAUGAUUGCACUAGCAUAUAACCAAAAAGGUAGCAGCUUCAAGAAACAGCGAAGAUCUAUCAAAGUCGAUACUAUCAAAGCUCAAACUGACAGACUAUCCUGAGGGUAUGAUCAAGACCAGCUGGAGCAACAAGAUUCUCUUGGACUUGUGAUAAAAUACAAAAAUCCUCCAAAAUCAGCUCUUCAUAAGAAAAGAGAAAUUGACAAGACAGGCAAAAAAGAAACAUUCUUGCUUAACAAAAAAUCUAACAAAAAUUCUGGAAACAAGAGCCUUUCUAAACGAGAAAGUUCUGAAAGGAAACCACAAAGAGUUACAGAAUCUGCACCUAAGGAUAGACACCUCAAAAAUAAAAUUUUUACCAAAUAUAAAAAUAUGCACAUAAAAAAGGACAAGAUCUACAAUGAAGAAAGAUGAGCCUAAGUCUAAAUAACAGCUCUAAAGUGAGGACUCAUAUUCCACAAAGCGCUCGCUUGAAAUCAGCUCUUUCUGAUUAUAGGAAGAUCGGCAAGAGACUAAAAAUAAAUCUCAAAACUAAACUGAUAUCUCCUGGCUUCACUUCUAAAAUGUUGGCAACGGAGUGUCAUCGAGAAGCAAAGGAAUCAGGAGGGAAUAAAAUUAGUCACAAAGAGCCCUCAAAGGAGGAUAAAGAUGUAGAUAUUCUUGCCAAUAGCACAUCGACUUAUCCAUAUGACUCAGAGAUCUCUAAUGAGCCCUAACUCAAAGGUCAAAAUCAUUAAGAAAAUCUUCAGUAAAAAUUAUGACCAAGAUCAUUCUGUGAACAUCAGAAAAUUAAUUAAGAAUUACAGGAAGAAGAAAUCAGAAUCUGUUCGUGCUAACAAAACUGAUAGUUUGCAUAAUUAUAGUCAUAGUUCAAGCCUUGCUAUGGACUACAAGCCUCGGACAGCAGGAAUAUGCCUUAGAAGACCCAAGCAGAAGAAG